AUUUUGAAGGGUGUAGUACUUCCGGGGGCGCAGCUGUCGGGGUCUACUUGUUUCCACGCAGCCGCGCUUCUUUUCUCCAGAAGCUUCAAACCUUCCUCCGAGUUCUCGGCGGGCAGUCAGUCCCUGCAGUUGCUCAUCCUCCACCAUCAUGUCCGCUGGAAAAGCUCAGAUAGGCCAGCCUGCCCCAGACUUUAAAGCCACCGCUGUAGUGGAUGGACAGUUUAAGGACCUGAAGCUGUCGGACUACAAAGGGAAGUAUGUGGUUUUCUUUUUCUACCCUUUGGACUUCACCUUCGUUUGCCCCACCGAGAUUAUCGCCUUCAGCGACCGGGCGGAGGAGUUUCGCAAGAUCGGGUGCGAGGUCAUCGGCUGCUCCGUAGAUUCUCACUUCAGCCACCUGGCGUGGAUCAACACCCCGAGGAAGCAGGGGGGUCUGGGCAGCAUGAAGAUCCCGCUGGUGGCCGACCUCACCAAGUCCAUCUCCAGAGACUACGGCGUGUUGAAGGAGGACGACGGAAUCGCAUACAGGUCCGAUUCUUUCCCUUCCGUCGUCCGGCUUUCUGAGCUGUGGGAGAACGCAGGAUCCCAACAGGACGUGUUUGUUUUUGUCCCUAGAGGUCUGUUUGUGAUCGACGGCAACGGCGUCUUGAGACAGAUCACCAUUAACGAUUUGCCCGUGGGUCGCUCCGUGGAUGAAACUCUCCGUCUGAUCCAAGCCUUCCAGCACACCGAUAAAUAUGGAGAGGUUUGCCCCGCCGGCUGGAAACCCGGGAGCGACACCAUCGUCCCAGACGUGGAGAAGAGCAAAGCCUUCUUCUCCAAGCAGUGAAGGUUUUCGGCCGGCCGUUUCCAUGACCACAGCGCUCGCCGUCAGUAGAGAUGUCCCUUUAAGGCCCUUCUGCUGUUUAGAGUCCAGCCUGCAGAGAUUCACCUUGUAGUCCAAAGCACUGACUGUUUAUUGUUUGCUGGUAUGACUGACCUACAACUGUCUUUAAUAAAAACCGUGGGGAGACUU